AAGGACCAACCUCACUGCGAGACAUUCAAACGAGAACGACUUUACUAUUCAAGUUGAGAUAGCGUGGAUUAGAUACGAAGGCCGUAAGAAUGAGCGAAUUCCGCCAGCCUGAGAGACUCAGACUCGGAGUUCGGUUCCGAAGAAGCGCUUCCACUGGUAGAAGGGAAGCAGGCUGGCGCCAUUUGAGCUUCUUGCAACUUCUCUCUCAUUCAAUUUGCGAUGUGCAAGAUGGACGAACGCGGCACCUGAGGUCGCUCAACAUGGUUCCGGCAUACAUUUAUACUAGGGAACGGACUGUUGUGGCAUAUUUACUCGUCUGCACUAGUAGUGACCGAGUCGACCUAGCAUUGGCACAGUCCAGCAAUGAAUAAUUACUACAUGUACAAUUGACUCCACAACCGGACAACCACACCCACCCUAAAAUGAUGAACCUCCCACCAAGGGGCACGGAAGCUGUACGGAGCGGAGCCGCAACCCAUUC